AUGUCUCGGAAGGGACUUGUGAGUUUAAUUGUCUUGUGUUUAUGCAUCAGCGCACUUUACGAAUCAACAACUUGGCCACAGUUAGAGAAAGGCGGUGGGGCCUUUGAAUUCCUUACGUUAUUGUCGCUUGCGGUCACAAUAACAUAUAUUAUCCUCAGUCAAAACGCUAGUUCUAAUUGGAACGUGAAAUACAUUUAUCCGCUAGCUAGCAACUUGGGAUUCCAAGUUACAAUGGGGUACUGGUCAGCGAAGCUUUUAGGGGUUAAGAGCUAUGAGCGGAGUCUUUGGUUAGCGAUUAGGCUUCAUGCGAUACCCUAUUUGUACCUCCUUAUUCUAGAUAGUCAUCCGCAAGGAAGUGCCACGAUUUCUGUAACUAUAACGGUGGCAUUCAUGUUGGCCUGGUGUAUAUAUGUUGAUAUUAUUAUUUAUUGGAAUUGGGGGAAUAACACAACUUCAGUUCCAUAUGGGACACUAAAUGAAAAGACAUUUAUUGAGAGGGUUGUUUGGAUUGCCGGAUUUACAAUUCUAAGUUGUUCAAAUUACAUCAUUUUGGGUAUAAGAAAUUGCUUGUAG